AUGGCUGCUUGCGGGGAGAAGCAGUUGUGGUGCUGCUGCUGGAAACAAUCACCAGCAGCAGCAGCAGCAGCAGCAGCAGCAGCAGCAGCAGCAGCAGCAGCACUGGAUGCUGCAGCAGCAAAAGCUUUUGCUGCUGCUGGUGUUUUGUCUCCUUCUGGGCGCUGCCGCUCCUUUGACGCUCAGGCUGAUGGCUGCUUGCGGGGAGAAGCAGUUGUGGUGCUGCUGCUGGAAACAAUCACCACCAGCAGCAGCAGCAGCAGCAGCAGCAGCAGCAGCAGCAGCAGCAGCAGCAGCAGCGGCAGCAGCAGCGGGAAGAAGAGAGAGGAUUAUGUUUUGUGUUAUUUGAGGGGUACUACGCUGCAGCAAGCAGCAAGAACGAGAAGCCUUGCUGCUCCUAGUUCUCUAUCGCAGCAGCAGCUGCUGCAGCAGACGCUUGCUGCUGCUGCUGUUGCUGCAGCAGAUAUCUGUCUAUUGGAAGCGCAUGCAACAGGGACUGUGUUGGGGGAUGCAGCAGAAGCAGCAGCAAUUGCUGCUGUCUUUGCGAGCAGCAAGUUGCUGCAGCUCCACCGACGCUGA